ACGACUUCAAACCCUGUAGAAGUUCCAGUGUCACUCUUUGUUAGUGAGUUGUCAUCGUCAUUAUGAAGGAGCUGUUGAUACUGCUCGUGCUCGCGGCCGCCAUGAUGGCGGUUCAGGCUUCCGGGGGAAGAGGUGAAUGCCACGAGCUGAUACACGAAGUGAUGCACAGAGAAAACAUGACGGAAAUCAUAGGAAGUUGUAUGGAGGAAAAUGGAAUCGUCUUUAAUCUAGAAGGGCCUGGAAGUGACCGACGACACAGAGGAAAGAGAAGUCCUCAUAUGCUGCGGUUCAUUUCUCGUCUUCCUAAAGAAAAUCAGACAGCCAUAGUCGCGUGUGUCCUCGAGAAGGAAGGCCUUCUCACAGAUGAGGGUUUGUUCGAUGCGACGACGUUCACAGAAGACUUGGUCGCCAAGUUAGGAGAAGCAGAGCAAACUACGCAAGCAGAAGCCAUGUUGGCUGCCAUUGAGGACGGCGUUUGUGUAAUCGAGGACAUGGAACCUAGCUUAACGAUGGUCUUCGAUUUCGUAAGUUGCCUCAAAGAGGUGUGUAAAGACGGAACCGACCCAUCAUCUGAAGAAGCAUAACAAUGAAGACGGAAAGAGCAAUGCAACGGUUACCGGAAAUCCUGUGGACGCUCCUUUCGAACUGAUAAUUGAUCUUGUAAAUGCUGAUUCGAUUCAGAAUCUUUUGAAUCUAAAAUCUAAUCUCAAAUCCACCUUUAUUUUCGACAUUUCUUCCUAAUAAAUAUUGAGCAUUCA